CUCAACUAAAGGAGACUGUAAACAACAAAAACUCAGUAGAUUAAUUCAAGUUUUAAAGUUAUCGGAUGUUUUUGUAUCGGUCGUGUAAACAAUAUAAGUUGAUUGUCCUCUUUUCUAACCUGCAUUUCAUCUACAGACAGAAGUCUAAUGCAGAAAAUGAGGAGUUUGAAUGGACAAUUGAUGAAAUUGCUGAAGUUCGUCCAGCUAAUAUUGAAAUUAAUAUGUCUCAAUUUGAUACAAGCUUUAAUCCACUUGAGGAAGAAAGAGCCCAACAAGCCAUCAAGGAUUAUUUUGGAAACAAUCUAAUGUUGUCAAGUCCUAAUGACAAAGAAAAGUUUUCUUUAUCUACUGAUGCGACAAAAAAAUGUUUAUUUAAAAAUAGUGCUACGCAAACAGAUAUGACAAUACCAUUAAAACUAGAUCCUGAAGUAGAACAUGUUUUAAAAAAAUUCUGUACUUAUUACCAAGAACAAGAAGCAAACUGCAAUGCUAUUUCAAAGGCAAAAGAUGAAUCAAUGCUGAAAAAUCUUUUCAAAGAUGAACAUAUACUUGGAAUGUCCAAUGAAGUUUUGAGCAUGGAUUACAAUACAUUAACUCCUGUCUCAAAAUCUCCUGCUAUUAGCAUGUUAAUGUGUUCUCGACAAAAAUUUAAUCAUGGUACUCCUGCUUCGUACAACAUUCCUUCUCCUAGUUCAGUAAGCCCUAUUUCAAAGAAAACAACAUUUUCCAUAAUAUCUCCUAUACAAACCUCAGAUAAUAAAAGGCUGGAAAAAACUUCAAAUUUAAAACAGAAGAAAAUUAUCACAAAUCAUUUGUAUCAUGCUGUAAACAAGUAUUCUUUCUGUCAGAGUACUCCAGAACGAAAUCGGUUGAAUAAAGAAAAUAGUAUGCAACCAAACUGUGAGGAAACAGAAGUUGAAAAGUCUUCCCCACCAACACAGUGCUAUGACGAUUUUCAGUGCAAUUUUAGGAGCCAUCGCCAAUCAGAUAGUAAUACACAAUUCUCCCAAGAUAUGUCAAUUGAUCAAACAAGAUCAGAUUUUGUAAUUGACAGUCCUUUGGUUGUAAAUAAAUCAAGCAGUGUUUUUCGAAGUAUCAACAAAAACUUUGCAAAUUUAGAUAAUGAUAAAUUUGAUAAUGGUUUAACACCAUUAUCUCCAAUGCAAAUUUCUCAAAUGGAAACACCACUGAAAAAAAGAUCAGCAAGCGCCAAGAAUCUUUCUAGAAGUUUUGAUAUACCUGAAGCAAAAGAAAAUAUGGACAGUGGCUUUACUGAGACCACCUCCACAUUUGAUUCAGGAUGUGAUUCGACAAGAUUUAGUCAACAUAUUUCUCAAACAAAUAUUUCUAAACACUGCUACAAUUGUAAUAAUGUAUCAAAGAUAAAUAUUUUGAAUUAUAAAAAAAUUACUGAUCUCAAGUGCAAUUACUGCCUAAGACAAUUUGAAAUAUUUUAAUGAAGACUCAACAUUUUAGUACAAUUAUAGAUAAAUUAAAUG